AUGGAGCUCGAGAGUCGCGUCGAUUUGAUUCUAGGCAACUAUUACGUGGAGACGAUGCUGAAAGGCUCAUUCCUCUGCUUACUGAACCACGCAAAGAGCAAGAGGUCCGACCAGGACGAAGACUCGCAAUAA